AUGACAAUAGACUUAUCGGAUCAGUCGCAAGAUGAAAGAGUAAAUACAGGCCGAGAUAAAAUAUACCAAAACUAUCUCAUGCCUAACCUAGAACUAUACGAUGCCAAAGUCUCUAUCAACCACUGGCAACUAAGAGACUGUGUCAAGGCAUCGACAUCUCAACUAGGCACCAUUUACUACAUCUACGACCAUUCCAUUAGACAGUUACAUACAGGGACAAAUACUUUACCCCCCUCACAACAACAACAACAAUAUUUACACCAUAAUAAUACUAAUACUAAUACUACUACUAAUAAUAUUCCAACUUUAAAACACAACACCUCACUUUCCACCGAAGUUGUCCGGUUUGAUUUCAAACCAAGGUGUUUUACUGAAACAAACGGACUUUUCGCAUGUGGAGGAUUGAUCACAAAGGACGAUACAGCGCUAGAGUCGUCAUCGUUACCUUCUUCAUCCACACAUUUACCACAACCUGAACCGCUUUCACUUCCAAACUCCAUGAUUACAAACAAUUGGCAAGGUAUUUUGUCCCUACACAACGCUCAGACCAAUUUUUCCAAGACGUUUAUCUUGGGUCAAUUGAUUAAUAAUUGCGUCUCAAUAAUACCCAAGGGUAACAAUGAAUUCCAGUUGUUUUCAUGUAAUAAUGAUUCUCAUAUGUAUCAAUGUAACAUUUCCAAUUCAAAUGUUAAAUUGAUACAACAAUUUUCAGAUUUGAAAUUCGCCUUAAAUAACGUCGCCAUUUCCAAUGAUUAUAAUACAAUGGUGGUUUCUGGUGAUUCUAACGAGUUUGCCGUUUAUAGAAGAAAUUUGAUCUCCGAUGUCUUUUUAUUAACACCUGAAUCAAAUUCUAAUUUAAACAACACAGUCAUCUCUUCUAAAAGAAUCCCAAGAUUCGCCAUUCCAGACCAUCAUUCAGAAUCCAUAGACAUUCAUAGUAAUAAUAAUAAUAAUCAUAAUCAUAGUCAUAAUAAUUCCAUAAAUAAUAACAUUCUUAGAGCUCCGAAUGCAGAUCAUGGGUUUUAUACUUCAUUUGCAGAAAAUAAUUUACAAUUUGCCACGAUUUUCCAAAAUGGGGUUUGCUUGUUGUACGAUUUAAGAAAAAUGGAUACUCCUUUAACUCAAUUCAAUUCUUCAAGACCUUUAUCUCAUAACGGUGCAUUUAGAGUUUGUAAAUUUAGUAAAGGUCUUGACGAUUUACUUUUCAUCUCUGAACAUCAAGGCAGAGUUCAUAUUAUUGAUACAAGAAAUUUCGAUAAUCAUCAAGUCAUUUUGCUUCCUGAAAAAUUGAAAAAUGAUCCAACUCCAUCAAUGACAAACAAUUCUCAAUUUAGAAGACAUUCAUACCCUCAACCUCAAAAGACUUUUGAACCCUGGGUUACUAAGGCAAGAAUAAUACCUUUAAAAUAUUUAGAACCAAAAUUAAUUCCAUUCCCUAAAGCUACGACAAACCCAUAUAGAAUAAACAAUUUUAAUCAAUUGGUAAAUGCCAAUGCCAAUGCCAAUGCAAUUCCAACCCCAAAAGAGGAUUCAUUCGCCUUUAAAGUAAGACGCGUGUCCACUUCUAUAGAUGAUCCUCCUGAAAUAGAUCCAUCUCUAUACAACAACCCUACAUCACCAAAUAUGUUUGAAAAUACAGAUUUUAUUUCAAUAGAUACCACUCCUAUUCCUUCACCUUCACGUACAUUCCAAAAUAUUGUAAACAAUUAUUCAGAUAAUAACAAUAUUCAAAUGGAUUACAAUUAUUCAAGUUCAGAUUUCACUGACGAGAGUAACAUUUCUGGUUUGGAUUGGAUCGAAGAUGAAAAUUCAAGUUCUUUAAUCAUCGGUUCUCAUUAUGGUGUGUUGAAAUGGAAUAUUAAUUCUUGGGCAAGGCGUAGUUUUUCUGGCUAUGAUUUUUGUUAA